GUGAUCACUGUUGUGUUGCACUUUGAAUCAUCUUGAACAUGAAGGGUUCUACACAAAUAAACUCGCCUUGUGUUGCAGGCUGUUUGUUUUCAUGUGUUCAUUUUCAGCUCUGCACAUUUAUUUCCAGAACACAUAAAAAGAGAGAAAAGCGUGGAUCUGUGUGGGUGCCCAGAAGUGAGGGAGGAGAGGAAGGAGAAAGGAGGAGCAGGAGGUCUGCACUGGGCCUACAUCUGACGUCAGGAUCCUGCAGCAGAGAUAAGCUUCAUAUGAACUACAAUGUCCAUCCUUUUAAACAGAGCCAGAGUGCGCCACAGGGCAGACCUAAAGGAGAGCAGAACAGACAAGGCCGCCACACAACUUCUGCUUGCUGCACUUGACUCAUUUUGUGCGCACGGCGUGGCGCAGUCCAUGGCGCAGAUCAGUGAGUAUGAGGAGAGCAGAUAGGAGCCGCGGUGCCGCGCUGCGCGUAAUGAACGCUCUUCAGUGACUCGCCUGCGGUCGUGUAUUCGCAGAAAAGACAAAAUGGGAUCAGCUAGUGAGGAUCUGCUGGUGACACUCCAGAUACUGCCCGGGUUCUUCUCCAACUGCCUGUUCCUUGCCCUGUACGACUCCGUGGUGCUGCUGAAGCGCGCCGUGUCGCUGCUCAGCUGCUCCAGGUCCGCCGGCUGCGGAGAGUGGCGCCGCAUGCUGACCUCCGAGGGGCUCCGCUCCAUCUGGAACAGCUUCCUGCUGGACGCAUACAAACAGGUCAAACUUGGCUGUGAGGCGCCCAACUCCAAAGUGGUGAAGGUGCCGGACGGCCCCCGGUGGAGCAGCGCCAUCAGCAGCAUGGCGAGUGUCCCGUGUGGAGCCAAGAUCCAGAAUGGAGAUGAGUGUCGCCUUUUGGAUUUUGAAUCAUCAGACCGCCCUCUGGUGGUCAACUUUGGCUCGGCCACCUGACCCCCGUUCAUCAGCCACCUGCCUGCUUUCCGGCAGCUGGUGGAGGACUUCAGUGACGUGGCUGAUUUUGUGCUGGUGUACAUUGAUGAGGCUCACCCGUCCGACGGCUGGGUGGCGCCCCCUAUGGGUUCUUGCUCCUUUAGCUUCCGGAAACACCAGAACCUGGAGGAGAGGAUGGGAGCAGCACGCAAACUGAUUGAGCACUUUUCUCUGCCGCCACAGUGUCAGUUAGUGGCCGACUGCAUGGACAACAAUGCUAACGUGGCUUAUGGGGUGUCCAACGAACGGCUGUGCAUAGUUCAACAGAGAAAGGUUGCCUACCUGGGGGGGAAGGGGCCGUUUUUUUACAGUCUGAAGGAUGUGCGACAGUGGCUUGAACAGAGCUACGGUAGACGGUAGGAGGAAUAAAGGACUAGAACAGAGGAAGUGCCCUUUUUAGUCUGGAAUUGAGAGAAGAUUUGGUUUUGUAUAGAAAUGGAAUUUCAAGGUAGCUAUAAUGAGUUUUCAUCCAGAGCUGCAGAAGAAGAGCAACUUCUUUCUGAAAUUAGGCCGACUUUUCACCCAGCACUUCAUAUACGUUGAGAUGAACACGUGUUAAAACCUGUGAUGAUCCACAUUAACUGACAGCACGUUGACUGAAGACGACCUAUGAAGCUGACAGUUUCUGUUCUUCAUCUGCAUUUGUAUCUGCUUUCACUGCUAGAGUCAUCUUUUGCAUGGUUUACAAAUUUAAAACAAUUACAAAAACAAGAACCUAUAUGAAAAAAUAGGUUAUACAUUUCUAAAUGUCUAAUUAUUUUAUGAACAUUUUAAUAUUCAGUGUUUUUUACACUAUGAUUUCAUUCUCCCUUUUCCCUGGUUGGAUGAAUCAGAGUGCUUUUAAAAAAAGUUCAUAUUUACAGGUUUGAAUCAAAGUAGAUUGAAUGUGGCUUUUUUUUUAAAAAACUCUGAUUAAUAGAAAAAGAUCAUUACAGUGUAAAAACAGACCAGUGUCAUUUAAGUACAAGUUCCAUUCAUCCCCUCAGUCAGUAGGAGUUCAUGUAGAAGCUGCUUCAGUGUGUGGAUGGGUCUCAGCAUGUUGAGGUGGCUGCAGGUUUUUGCUGUUCCUCUUAAAAGCUGCUCAGGUGUUAUGAAGACAGUCCAGUCACAGGUUGGACUGAGACCUGCUCCUUCAAUCAGACAGGACGUUGGUUUGGAUGUUUUAAUGCUCUCUUGGUGUAACUCUGACUACAUGCUUGAGCUUAUUGUCUGGCUAAAAAAUGAAUCUCUCAGGUGACAGGUAACUUGCAUCAGGUUUUCCUCACGGAUUUCCUUUGCUACAUUCAUGUCACCUUUUACUCUGUCUGCUGCACAGAGACGUCCUCUGGGAUUACUUCGCCUCUGGUUGCUUCUCUUCUGGAGGUGCUUCUCCUUUGGGGUUGCUUCGUGCUGGAACUUCUGUUUUAUGAUGUGCAUUGUGUGGCUUACAGCAGACAUGGUAUUUAGCCUCUCAGUUUUGGUGUUCUCAGACCAUGAAAACAUUCUUCCAGCUGAGCUCACAGUUUCCCACAAUCUGUCUGUCCAACUGUAGCCCAGAUGUCACGUGAGCUUUUUUAAGGCUUCUGGUUGCAGCCCAAACUCCCUCAUUUAGCCUUCAAAAUCCAUAAACACUGUUUCUUAAACUGUGUAUGGAUUUGUGUUUUUUGUAUUUUUUAGAGGUGCACUUGUCAAGCGUGGGAGUCCUGGGGGCUAAAGAUUGGCUAAUCCAUGUUUGCUUUGUCAUGUGUGUUAUUGUACUGCAAGCUUCUGGCAUAUGAAGGGCUCUGAGCACAGCACCAAGCUGUUUGUCCAUUACGUGUCUUUGACCGACUGCCUCUUCUGUCAGUAAUGUGUUCAGACAUGUCACUGGAGCUUGCAUACGUUGAGUUAUGUUCAGAUGUUUAUUGAUUGUGUGUGGACGUGGUGUUAGAUUCAGGGCUGUGCAGUGUUCGCUAAAGGACGACUUCAUGUCAAAUACAAAUGCAGGACUUCAGAAUCUCUCCAAAAGUUGUUCCUACAGUUGAAACCCCAUGACUAAUGAGGUGGUCUCCAUAUUAAUCACUGUUUGAUUGCUUAAAUCAGCGGAUUGCACCACAACUAAUUCUUUGUAGAAAAACUCUUCUCCAAAAAAAGAGUAUAGUUACUUUGUAAAAACAAGUACCAAGAUGGAUGCAAGUGUAGUGAUAGUCGUUCAAAUAACUAGACAUGUCAGAUGAAAAAAGCAGCUUUUGAAAUAACUGUUUUGUGACUAGUGACCAACACUUUUCCUCAAUUUAUUUUUUGAUGAGGAUGUGUCUGACAUCAUCUCAACCUCAGAGGCCCCCUCAGGUGAAGAAGUGAACACACACCUGUGUUUCCAGUAGAUAAAAAUCCUUCUUUAAUCCUCCCGAAAACAGGCCUAAGUUCCAGAUCCAGAGAGGACACAACACAAACUAGUGGACAGAAGAGACACAGAAUUAGCGAUAUGCAAGUGUGAUGUAUGACUGUAUCAGUCCCUCCAAGAAUUCAUGAUGUUGCGAUUGCGUGAAUUCACGCGAAAUCAACCAAUCUCUGCGAAUUUUGGGCGACCUUGCAAUUUUGUCCAAUCACCGCAACUUUCCCGCAAUUUUGGCCCGCCUCCUGUGAGUUCCACCAAUCAGAGCAGUCCCCAGCGCAAACCUAAUGCACGUACGUCACCGAAUUCACAUAUUAAACAUAUUAGAACGGCUGAAAUGAGCGGACAACAGACCAGACAAAUCACCAUGAUGGAAACUGUUGCAUCCAGAUCCGUUAGAGCACUGAAAGAAUGAGGUAAAUUAGAUUAAUUAUUCCACCAAAGAACACUGCAGAGUUAUGUGACGAUCAGCGUGUGUGAAUCCUUCCUCUGAUACCCCAUCACUCAAAACAGACUCAGGGAUUUAAAUGAAGUUUUCAGGGUCGGUCAGAAAUGACACAAGGACCAAAUGAUUAGACUUCGGCAGUGAUACGGCUUAAAGUUUGGAUCCACCGAUUUGUUAAGGAUUCAUAGCAGCACGGCGUCUGAUAGCGGCAUGGUAACCAUGGCAACAAGUGAACGCUAGCUCAGCGAUCACAUGAUUGUGAUCCUACAACAAAUCUACCACUGUGGACGUAUCAGAAAUGACACAAAGAACAACUGAUUAAAUUGUGGGGGUGUUUCUGAGUCCCAUGAAUUCCCGUCGCCCACUACAUAUUUAGGUCACGUCGUAUUAAACUAGUAUCUGGCUGCUGCUAAUGUCCCACCAUGGUGUGCCAGCUUUUGUGGAAAUGGGUUGGAACGUUAAAUAAUUAAUUUCGGAAUAAAUAUUGUGGGACUAAUAAAAGAUAUUCUAUUUAAGCCGAAUCUUCAAAGUAGAGAGGAUGACUACCUCCCAAACCCAAACUGGGAUCUGAUUCCACAACAGAGGAGCUGAUAGCUGGAGGUUUUGCUUCUGGAACCUCUGGAACCAGCAGUAAAUCUGCAGUCUGAGAAUGAAGGACUCUGUUAGGAUGAUCUGGAACUAACAGGUUUUUAAGAUAUGAUGGAGCUAGUAAUUAAGAGUGUUAUAUGUUAGAAGCAGGAUUUUAAAUUCUAUCCUGGAUUUUACAGGGAGUUGAUGAAGAGAAGCUAAUAGGAGACGCCUGAUCUCUGUUCCUGGUUCUUGUCAGAACUCUGGCAGCAGCAUUUAGGAUCAGCUGGAGGUUUUAGGAGAGUUAUUGGGGCCUCCUCCUAAUCUAGCAGCAAAUUAAGAAAUGAAUCAUCUAAUUUUUCAACAGAAUGUUCUUGAUUUAGACAACAUGUUCGAGAGGACAUGUCUGUUUCUGUCGUUUGUUUAAAAAAAAUAAAUAGAAAGUAAGUCCUGAAGAAAAGUGAAACUACAAAUGCUCAUUAGGAGAUAAGGCGAGGUUCUAUCAUGGAUUAUCUAUUAAACACAGGUGUGUUCAUUUUCACUUUUACCUGACAGAAGACGCUGCGUAUCUGAAGCAUUCCUGCAGAUAUAACUGGUGGUCUGCCUCUCUGUCUCCUCAUCAUGCUAUGAAUGAUGACGAGUCUUGCUUUGCUAGUCCAUUCUGCAGUGCAUCAUGUCUGGUGGCACCGCAUGAUUCUGCUACAAUAUGGGGAAAUAUGACCUCUUGUUUGUUUGUAUUGCAUUAAACCAAUCACAGCCGUCAUGGGUGGAGCUCAGUAAAGGAUGCUGCUGGCAUUCCAGCAAAAUAGUGGCAGGUGGAAUAUUUUGGGUGCGAAAUUUGCAUGCAGAGAAACAAGCACUGUUAUUAAAAUGUAUAAUUCACUGCAACAAAAAAACUGUGCUUCAGUAUUUACAUUCCAAUGAAAAGCAGGGACCAUGAAAUACUGUUAAACAUCUUAACAUUAACAGACACACUGGCUGUUCUCUGUCAGUUCAGUGUCUAAAGGUUCCUCUGAUGUGAAGCCUCCGACCAUCUGCUCUCUGCACUGUGGUCUGUUCAUAUGAAGAAACAGUGAGACUUAAAGUGCCUCGUCAUCUAAAUCACCUGCUUUUUAUGCUAUGGACAAGGUCAGGGGGCAUGGCUUUGGUAGAAUAUGAGUGUGAUUAACAGCCAUGAAUCCAUAAAAACACAUAUCUAGUAGUGUAAUGCAUGUAACAUAAGUACAGGCAACAGACUGAGUAACUUACUGCUACCCACCUCAGGCCCUAUCAAAAGUGUAGAAUACUUAGUAAUUUGCUUUUUGUUGGUGAUUGGUUUGGAUUUUUCUGUAGAGAUCCAUUUUCAGGUGGCAGUAAGUGCAGAGUUAUAAAAGUCCCAUGAAUUCUCUUUGAUUCAGAAUUAUAGAACAAUGAGACACAGAAGCUUCGACACACGAGAACACCUGAGCUCUGCUACAAGGUGUUUCUCUUCACAUCUACAGGAAAAAAAUGAGAGAAAGCCGUCACUAGCCUUCACUGAUGCAUUUUAUUUAAAUUUCAAAUAAGAGUGAUUAAAGGAAAUGCAUGAGAACCCAUAGCUAGCUGGAAAUCCCUGAGAUUGUAGCAGCAAUGUGGUUCUCACCAGUUCUAGUUGACAGUCUCAACAGGAGAGAUGCUUGAAGGAGAUUUCUCUGCUUUUUUAAAAUCUAAGUGGGCUUAAAACAGCCCUUUCAGGCCAUAUUUCCGUGAACAGUAAAUGAUUGGCACUUGUAGCUGCUUGCCCUCAGGUCAAAGCACACCCACUCAUCAACAUGCAUAGACAGGAGAGAACUGUACUGGUAGAACCCUAAGAACCUUAAGAUUUUUGCUUCCAAGAACAUGAAGAUCUCUCCCAUGUCCCAUGUCAUGUCUUAUGAAUGAAAUUCAAUAUAAAUGACUUUGGUUUUAAUGUUGAAAUGCAUUUAUUACUAUUUAAUGUAAAUGCCAGCUCUGAAUCACAUCUGUGGAUGUAGAUUUUUGAAAAAAGAAACCUUAAAUAUUUAAAUACACUUUAAAGAUGUUUAGGUUGAGCUUUGAAGGUCAGCAGGUUUGUGAGGUUAUGUGUGCUUGACGUGGGUAUAGAAUGUGCAAAGAGGAUCAUUUUGAAAUGACAGCAUUUGAGCUUCUUAGGACGGAUGAGUGGCUCCAGUCACAGAGACAAAGGUGUGAAAAUGAAAACCCUUGACGAAAGAGUCCCAGACUCAGUCUCUGGUUGGAUAGUGAAGUGCACCUGGUCAACAUGACGGAGCUGCUGCAUCUGUUUUCAGUGUCAAUCUGCUAAAAUUGUAUGUCUCAGUAACAGAUAUAGACAUCUGUGUUUUCAAUUUUUUGUGCUUUUAUAAUGCUCUUUAGUGUAAUGUUUAUUUUUAUAUGUCAAAGGAGAAAAAUAACAUAAGUGGAAAAUAAAGAUGAAUAUUUGCUUAUGAA